CUAUUAUUUUAUGUUAAUUAUAAUUUAAUUGUUCUCUUGUUGCUAAUUAAGGCUGUCGCUUGAUCGGGACUUUGAAUUUCUUUCAGAUUAUUUGAAAAUCGCUUUUAAAAGCCAAUUUUUAUUUUCUACCUUGUGGAUUAACUUUGAUUCUUAGACUUUUUUUGUCUUUUCAUUUGUUUACAAGAUUAAUUGUCAUUCUAAUUGUUUAAUUAGUCCAUUUUUCACUUUCUAUUUAUUGGUUAAUUGCUUCUCAAUCUACCGAUGGCUCCUAAAUAUAAAUUCCAAGAAGGUGAAAGAGUCCUCUGUUUCCAUGGUCCGAUUCUUUAUGAAGCUAAGUGUGUUCAAAUACAAGCAAAGGAUAAGAAUGUCAAGUAUUUUGUCCAUUAUCAAGGUUGGAAUAAAAGUUGGGAUGAAUGGGUUCCCGAAAGUCGAGUCCUAAAAUACAACGAAGCCAAUGUACAAAAACAAAAGGAAAUCCAACAAGCCCAAGCUGCCGCAAAACCAAAGGGUAAAAGUCGUAAGAGAACCAGCGGAGAUAAAGAGGCCACGAGUACACCGAAAAUUGAGAAAAGUGGUAAACCCAAAUCAGGAACAACUCCAGGAGGUCCUUUGGUUACAACUCCAAUCGAAACUAAAGAAGUCGGAGAAAAAGAAACUGGUGGUAAAAAACGUCGAACCAAAGUUGACCAGACUACCGAAGAUCUUCAGAAUCUUCCGGAAGUGAGAAUUUUCAUUCCUGAAGAGUUGAAAAAAGUUCUCAAAGAAGAUUGGGAAACAAUAAACAAGAAUAACAAAUUGGUUCUAAUUCCAGCACAAAAAUCGGUUGACGAUAUUCUAGAAGAAUAUGUCAAUUUCAAAAAGAAAGAAUUAACACUGACCCCACCCAAAAUAAGCGUAUUCUUCGAGAUAACCAACGGAAUUCGUGAAUAUUUCAAUAUAAUUCUUGGAACUUUACUUCUGUACAAACCUGAACGAGAACAAUUUGAUCAAGUGAGAAAAGAUGGAGAAGAUGAAAUUCUCCCCUCAUCAAUUUACGGUUUCGUCCAUUUGAUUAGACUUUUCACGAAAUUUGGUAAUUUAUUUGCUCACUCACAUUCUGAUGAGAAAACAAUCCAAGUAUUGAUUCCACAGUUCGACGAUUUCCUCAGCUAUUGUGCCAAAAAUGUCACCAAUUAUUACUCCAAAGAUGAAUAUGCCUCAUCAUCUGUAACCGAAUCUCCCAAAAAAUGAUAACUCAUAUUUUCUUAUCGAUUUCAAUCAAAGUGAAGAACUAAAAAUAUCAAUUUAGUUCUUCACUUUGAAUAAUAAAUAAAAUCGACCCUUUCUAAUCCAAAGUAAA